AAAGAAAAGGUCCGUUAAAACCGUUGGUUCUCAGCCUCAAAACCUGUCAUGGAGGCAAUGGCCAGGGCCGUGCUAUCUCAGCCCCUCAGCUUGCCGUCACCUUAUCCACUCUCGUCCCUUUCCGCCUCCACGAGAUCGUACUGCUACUUCACUGCUGUCACCACGAGAAUCAGACCGGCAUCUGCUGCCGGAAGAAUCAUAGCCAGUGCCAAGGGAAAAGACGAAAUGAACGAUGGCGAUGCUGAUUCAACCGGGUUCAACCCAUUUGGGUUCGUCACUGACAAUCCGUCAAGCCGAAGUGCGAUUCAACUUCCUGAGAGCCCGGCUGAGGAUGGCAAUGUCGGCCAGAUGCUCUAUAGAAUAGAGGACAAGGGAAAGGAAUAUGGCUCUUACGUAAAAUCUGGGAAAUUAAGAUGGUUUGUUAGAGAGACUGGGUCUGCCAAAAGCCGACGGGGAACUAUAGUCUUCCUUCAUGGCGCUCCAACACAAUCUUAUAGCUAUCGAGUUGUUAUGUCUGAGUUGGCUGCUUUUGGAUUCCACUGCUUUGCUCCUGAUUGGAUAGGAUUCGGUUUCAGUGACAAACCGCAACCAGGAUAUGGCUUUAAUUAUACAGAGAAAGAGUACCACGAGGCACUCGACAAACUACUUGAUGUGCUCGGUAUCAACACACCCUUUAAUCUAGUGAUUCAGGGUUUUCUGGUGGGAUCAUAUGGAUUAACAUGGGCUUUGAAAAAUCAGAGCAGGAUAUCAAAGAUAUCCAUUCUAAACAGUCCAUUAACGGUUUCUUCUCCUGUUCCUGGGUUGUUUCAACAGCUAAGGAUCCCUCUGUUUGGUGAAUUUACAUGCCAGAAUGCAGUUAUGGCCGAACGUUUUAUUGAAGCAGGUAGCGCAUACGUAUUAAAGCUGGAAAAGGCCGAUGUUUAUAGACUUCCAUACUUGUCUAGUGGAGGACCUGGUUUUGCUUUACUUGAAGCAACAAGAAAAGCUAAUUUCAAUGAUAUCUUAAGUCGGAUAACUGCUGGCUUUGCUUCUGAAAGAUGGGACAAACCAAGUCUUGUUCUUUGGGGCCUUUCAGACAAGUAUCUUCCUCAGUCCAUUGCCGAAGAGUUUCAAAAACAGAACUCGACAACAAUCCAACUCAAGUUAAUUGAAGGAGCUGGCCAUAUGCCCCAAGAGGACUGGCCCGAGAAGGUCAUUGAGGCUUUGCGGUCGUUUUUCUGAAACUUUACAGGAGAAUUUGCGUUGCCAUCUCGAGAUUCUUGGUAACUCUAAUGUGCAUAAAUGUAGUUAUUUUGUAUGUAUCUACAUUAAUGGUUCAUCACUACUCGUACAUGAAAGAAUUCCUUGAUGAAUAUUUCUUCUUGUGGUAUGCCUAGGAAACUAGAGGAUAUUUGGAUGAAAAAUAUAUUAUAGGGCGUCCAUUUCAAGGAAAUCGUAGGUGCCUAAAAUUAAUAUAACUUCUAUCAUUCCUUUAUAA